ACCCAUCCUGUCUCGUGUCGACAGUGUCGACACACGCGCGAGCCUCGUCGGGGGAGACUAUAUAUUUUUGCUGAGCUGGGGCCCCCCCUUGUUUACAUCCGGAGGAUCCGCGAAUCGCGUAGCCGCCCGUCCCUCGUCGCUAUUCAAUUCGCUUUCGCAUUAUUUUUCCCUCCUCGAAAAUCUUUGCCGAUAAACGACGAGAAAGAAAGAGAGAAGAGAGAGAGAGAGAGUAAAAAAAGAGAGAGGCCGGAUCUCUCGUUGUGUCGGCAGACUGCGUAUUCAUUCACUCUCUUGGGACUCCGUCUCGCGAGCAGCAAGUAUGAAGGUGACGGUGACGACGCUCAGCGACGACAGCGUCUUCGUCCUUGACGUGAGCGAGGAGCUGGAGCUGGAGAACUUCAAGGCGUUCUGCGAGAUCGAGAGCGGAGUGCCGGCCCACGAGAUCGUCAUCGCGUUCAACGGGCGGCCGCUCAUGGACGACAAGAAGUCGCUGAGGGACCACGGGAUCCGCGACGGCGACGCCGUCAUCCUGCAGCACAUGCAUCAGAGCGGCAGCGACCUGAAUCUGCAGCCCUUCAACAGAGCCAUUCCAUUACUGGACUUCAGUUCCAUCAGAGUUCCCGAUAUCAGCAACAUUCAACAGCGUCAGCCAAUCGCGAAUAACAGAGUGCAGAAUCCCCGCAGCGAGGAUGAUCCAGCGAUGAUAAGGAAUAUGUUCCUGGCUAAUCCAGAUCAGCUGGCACUGUUGAAGCAGAAUAAUCCAAGAUUGGCCGACGCUCUGCUGUCAGGAAACCUCGAUAGAUUUUCGACUGUACUCAGAGAGCAGAUAGCCGCUCGAGAAGAACGGCAAGCGCAACGGCUGAGAAUGAUGAACGCGGAUCCAUUCGACACGGAAGCUCAACGGCUGAUCGCCGAAGAGAUCAGGCAGAAGAAUAUCGAGGCGAAUAUGGAAGCGGCGAUGGAGUAUAAUCCGGAGACCUUCGGCACCGUCGUUAUGUUGUAUAUCAAUUGUAAAGUCAACGGAUUCCCAGUUAAAGCAUUUAUUGACUCAGGUGCUCAAACUACUAUUAUGUCAGCCGCUUGUGCCGAGAGAUGCCACAUUAUGCGUCUGGUGGACACAAGGUGGGCCGGGGUCGCCAAGGGCGUUGGAGUUCAACGCAUAAUCGGUCGUAUACACAUGGUGCAGAUACAAAUUGGCAAUGAUCAUCUUACGACGUCGUUUAGCGUCCUCGAGGAACAGCCUAUGGACAUGCUGCUGGGCUUAGAUAUGCUUAAGAGACAUCAGUGUUGCAUAGAUUUGAAGAAGAAUGUCUUGAAGAUUGGUACUACAGGCACUGAAACUUCAUUUUUGACGGAAGGUGAUUUACCUGAAUGUGCAAGAUUAAGCGGGAACAGCGACGAAUCCUUAGAUGAUAGGGAUCUCCAACGAGCUCUCGAGGACAGUUCGAGAGAUGCGAAGAAGCAGAGGCAACAACAUGACGGACAAGGUAGCAGUAAUCAAGGCUCGUCAAGUAGACCGGCAGCUUUAGAAACGACAGUCUAUCCACACGAUCCGUUCACGGAAGCCACUGUCAAGGAAUUGGAGGCUCUGGGUUUUACCAGGGCGCAAGUUAUUGCGGAACUGCGGAGAUUUAAGGGGGACAAAACGCAAGCUACCGCUGCGUUGUUUGCAAAAUCCUUGAAAUUCUGAAUAUCGAAAAUUGUCGCACGUGAUUCAAAUAUAACGCAAAUCGUUAGUUAGAGACAGAUAUAGCGAAUUUGUGAAUAUAUUAUUACACGCAAUAAAAAUGGAGGGGGCCCACGCUAUGUUCAAAGCAAUUUUUAAAUAUCGUUUAAAUAACUAAAUAAAAUGAUUCAAAGUCGCGAGAGCUGAAUAAAAUUGCCGAAACAUACAACUUUGCACAUUUUCAUAUAUGUGCGUUUAUAAGUAAACUGUGCAUUAUUUCCAAUUAAUAUUUGUAAAAUUGAUUAUAUAUAAGAGAUAUCAAAUUUUUAUGACCUAAUACUUAUUGAUAUUGGCUGCGUUCGCUUUGACACUUUCAGUGCUAUAAGCAUCUUCUAUCUUUGUUGCAUCGCAGCCAUAAUUAAUUGCAAUACAUAGAUCUGCGAUACGCAUUGGAUUAAGAUUCAGUUUGGAAAUUAUGGUCUUAUAAACGCGACAUGUAUAUAUCAGCUGCUGGAUAGAUAUAAUGAGCGAUAAGAUUUUUCUACGCAUUGCGAAAUAUAUACGUACAUACAUUUCGCGAUAUACUUUGUAAUAUUCCGUUUAAAUGGUUAAUAUGGACAAACUGUAUAUAUCUAGUAUUUAGAUAGACUUCUAGAUAAAUCUCGAACAUGAAAAAUGUGGGAUAGACAGAAUCCUCACGUGAGAACUUUAUGCUGUUUGGUAAUGUUUCAAAGACUCGUAUUUGACGUUGGACACGGCUCAAACUCAGUUCCUCAUUCUUUACUGAAGAAACGCCGGCUGUACAUACAUAACAUAAUAAUGACAGGCGAAUAAGGUGUUUUCCAUUUUUUUACAAGCUAUUGUUACAAUAGGAGUUAUGAAAAAGCGAAAAGUACGUAGAGACGUCGCAUCGAUCUUACAGACAAUAUCCAUUUUGUAUUGCUAUUUUCUUUUUCGACAUGGUAAUUGGUACAUAUUAUUAUGCAAUUCCUUUGCUAUUUAUAUAUAUAAAAAACGUGAAUUAUAUGCGGCUUGAUUUAUUUGUUAUCGGUUAAACAACUCACUAAUUUAGCACAUAAGUUCUAAUUAUAAAGUAUAAUCAAUAUUAUACAAAACUUGUGCGAAUUAAUAUAUUUUGAAAAGCA